AUGUCUGCUCCUUCCAACGUGUCCGGAGAUCUCAUCUGGGAGGUUGUCCGUAACAACAAUGCUUUCCUCGUCAAGCGCAAGUCGGCCGGCGGCGUCCAAUUCUCUCGCGACCCCUUCAACUUGACCAACAAACACUCGAGAAAGCAUGCUGGUUUCGUGAACAACAAGGCCGUUGCUCUUCAUCUCAACGAGAAGGGUGGUGUUACAUUACAGACCAAGAAGUCCAACUCUCACAACAAGCCUGCUUCUUCCAGCAACACACAUGCCUAUAAAAAGGGCACGACGAAUCGCCGGUGCGUACAAAUCUCCGGAAAUGUCAAACUCACAUAUGCUGAUGAUUUCUACAGAACCUACGCCAGUGUCGCAGGUGCCGUGGGCAAGGGAUCGUACCGCAGUGAUUUGAACAAGGACGCCGUUGCCCGAGCCAGUGCUCUCAAGAAGUCGCAGCAACCCAAGAAGGAUGCCCCAGAGAAGAAGAGCCGCGGAAAGAAGGCCUCGAAGACGGAGGCAUAG